AGUACGAAGAACAAGUACUUUGAUCUGAGGAAGCUGCAGUCUAUUUUGAUAAAACACUUUUUACAAAUCAUCAAUACAAUUGCGCCAAAUGUAAGGUGUCACCUGGACAAGGUGUUCAACAAACACUGAGCCAUGAGAGAGAACUGGACAACCUUUGGAUCCAAUACAACCCUUCAUGGCCUUCGUUUCGUCGUAGGAACUUCGGGUUUUCGUCGUUUGUUCUGGGCCCUUUGCUUGCUUGUAUGUAUUUCGACGUAUAUGUACAUUUUUUAUGACAGCGUGACAAAAUUCACAAGGCGUCCAAUAAGUACUGUGGUAUCUAACGAGGUUCCCCCUGAAGGAGUUGAGUUUCCUGACUUUACAAUAUGCAAUCUGAACUCCCUCGUCAGGUCCAAAAUCAACAUCGCAUACGACGAUCCGCGAUUUGAGCAGCUCAAUCUUAAUAUGCCAGCCUGCGAAGUCGUGCGAAAUGUCAGCGGUAACCUUACGUGUGGACAGGCGCUAUUAUGUGCAUAUAGCAAAUACGCACCAUUUCUUGUACCUCAGUGUCACGUGAGCAUGCAGCCGAUAYUACGUCAAGUACUGAACACUUCAUCCCGUGUCUUCGACCUCGAAGAUUUCCUCUUCCGUUACGGACCUGACUUUGGUACGAUGCUUAUGAAUUAUUGUACUUUUGGUCAGGAUCCAGAUCGUGAUUUAGAAUGCAAUAAGGAUGAUUUUGAUUCCAUCAUGACACAAAAAGGAUUAUGCUUUACCUUCAACCUUACUAAGUACAGUAACCGUACAAGAAGGAAGUCAACGACUGUCCGCCAASCGGGAGGAGAUAAUGGCCUCAGUAUUUUACUCAAUACCCAAUUGGGAGAAUAUACAUACGGAGAAUGGUCGUUUGGUCUUCGGUUGAUUGUCGGAGAGAGAGGAAAGGGUGUCAACAGAAACGAAGGSSUCCUGAUUUCCCCUGGUUCUCAUGCCCUUGUUAUUCUAAGCGCCAAUAAAAUAACAAGGCUACGGGARCCUUUCGUUUCUAACUGUUCAGAGAGAUAYCUUCCUGGAUAUCAGAGAUAUUCUAAAGACAUCUGUUUUGAACAGUGCUUGAGCAACAAAACCGUUGAAACAUGUGGAUGUCGYCCAAUAGGAGAACGAGGACGUCCUGAAGUUCCCGUGUGCAGCAUUGGAGACGAAAAAUGCGCUGCAGAAGUCAUAGAUAACAUGCGCUUCCCAGAAUGCCACUGUAAUUCUCCAUGUGAGGAAACCUWCUACCAGCCAAGAAUGUCAUUCGCUCAGUUCCCAAGCACAAUGGUGAUGGAUAUUAUAAGAGAUUAUGUCAAGGAUAACACUUCAAACGACUUCAUAAAAAACAACUUCGUCUUGAUCCAAGUUGGGUUUGCAGCGRCAGUUUACGAGGUCACWGAGCUCCAACCAGCCUACGAAAUUAGCAAUCUCUUUGGUGACCUUGGUGGCAACAUGGGCUUGCUUCUUGGUUGUAGUGUUCUUACACUGGUGGAGUUUUUCGAUUACGUCUUCAUGUACAUCCUCGAUAAAAUUGACGCCAACAAGAACAAAGUACAGGAGUUGUCGGACAAAUCGUCUCGACAGAAUACACAGGGCCUGCAACAGGAAUCGCAAGAUCAGCGAAGAACAAUGGAACUUUAGGCUGAGUGAUAUCCGCUUUUUCCUUCCGCGAGACCCUUCCCGAACAUCGAAAUGAUCCCUACCCCUUUCCCCCCGAUGCAUAUAUUGUCCCAUAAUUAUGAAAGGUCUAUUUGCAUAUCUUCAAUUUCGAUAUUUUGUUGAAUGAUCAUAUACAAAUGUCUGAAUUGAAGACGAGCCUGAAGGGAAAGUUAUCAAUUUUUCCCCAGAGCCUCGUCUUCAAUUCUAUUGUGUAGUUAGUCAAGCAAAAUAAGUGGGCUUUAGGGCGUUGCAACGAGUAUUAAUACAUAGAGUACAAGAGAAUAUGAAGAGUUUCAACUGUUUAAAAACAUUUAUAGACCAUAUGAAAAAGGGCGUGGCUAUCGUAACGCUUAAGUUUAUAAGAUAUUUAACAUAUACUGCUCGUUGAAAGAACAUAUUACAAUG